AUGUACCCGCCCCUCACGCCAGCGGUCGCUCCGCCACUGGCAAGAAUGCUGUUUACAAUUUAUUUUGGCAUUCCAGUCUUUAUUUGUGGUCUUAUUGGAAAUUGUUUAAAUAUUCUGAUGUUUUUAUCGAAAAAAUUAUUCCCACCUAGUCCAUGUCAAUUGCAUUUACUUACUGCAUCAAUUUCAAGUUUAAUUGCAAUUGUCAUUCCACUUUUGUUACGUAUUUUAAUCGGUUUACAAUAUGAUGUAACAAAGACAAACCUAUUUCUCUGCAAAGCACGACAAUAUUUGGGCCACGUUUCCAUAUUGACAUCUUUGACUUGUGUCAGCUGGGCGACCAUCGAUCGAUACUUAAUCAGCUGUCGUCAAGCUCGCUUUCGACAGAUAAGUAGAAUGUCAACGGCACGAUUGCUGUGUGUCGCAACAGUUGUUUUCUGGUCUUUACACGGUUUACCAAUCGUGAUAAUGGUUAAUAUUUAUCCAGCUGCAGCGAAUCAAACAGUUUGUGUCAAUAAAUCGAUAAUUUAUGGAUAUUAUCUGAAUUAUUUUGUCAUUUUAAUUCUCUACAACUUAUUACCAUUAGCAAUUUUUGUUGCAUUUGGAUUGUUGACAUGGAAAAAUAUGCACAAAAUCCAUCGACGACGCAUCGGACCUCAACAGCAACGUUUACCCACAAAUCAACGCCAGGAAUAUCAACUAACAAGAAUGUUACUGUUACAAAUUGGUUCUAUUAGCAUAUCAACAACACCCUAUGCAAUAGACAGCCUGUAUAACGAUUUAACUGAUUUAGGUGAAGCAGAAAAUGAGGACAUAUGUGAAAUACUCUGGAAUGACUUAGAACCAAAACUUAAAACACAAGUUCAGCUAGAAGGAAACGCACAAUUUGAUCUGCAACAUGAACACCGACGUGAAUUCGAAUUAAAUGUUAAAACUAAAGUUUUGAUGGUAUUAUACCCAUUAAUACACGCUGCCAUUAGAAAUGAGUUCUAUUGUGCGCCUUUAUUAAAUCCAUCAGAUUUUAACUUUGAGAGCCAACUCAAUUUUAUGAAACUCCUAAGGCCACAUUAUUUCUUGGAGAAAAGGACGUGA